AUGAGUGGCAAAAUUACAAUCUUCUUCAUUAUACUUGUUCAUCCUCUGUCUUCUACUUCUUUGCCUUACGACGUUCUGUUGUCACUCGAGAAAAAUGAGACCCUUGCAUCUCCUGGAGAUGUCUUCGAGCUCGGUUUCUUCAAACCUGCUAUAAUUUCCAACUGGUAUCUUGGUAUCUGGUUGAAGCAAGACCCCAACAGAACCGCUUUAUGGGUCGCCAACAGAAAUCGUCCUCUUCUCGGAUCCCAAGGAACCCUCAUAGUCUCCAACAGUAACCUCUUUCUCUUGGAUCGAGAUAACAAUCAUGUCUGGUCAACGAAUAUAAAAGUGACUUUAAGGCCUCAGGUUGUGGUGAAGCUUCUCGAAAAUGGUAACUUGGUGGUGAAGGAGAACACAACCGAGACGAAUCGUUUCGAUUUUCCCGGUGACUGUCUAAUCCCACAAAUGAAGCUGCGCGCUGGAACGGGCAAAUAUACUUCGAUCCUGGACUAG